UACGUACUGACAUCAGCAUGGCCACCUUCAGAACAAUAUUCCUCUUUCAAACUUUAUUACAAGAGGACAAUACAGCCUUGGCUACAGUAGACUUCACAUCAUUGCUAACAAGACAUGCUUUAUUGUCAGCAGAUGCAUCUACAUCCUCAUUUAUUGCCACUGGACAAUUCUCACCACGCUCAUUCUCAUCAAAACUCAUCCAAGGUGAUGAUAUUAAUACUUAUUGUAUGUUUAGAAAUACAGAACUGCAUCGGACGCGUGGAUCAGCUUUCAGGGUGAUCCUGUGUUUUCCACAGAUGUCGCCUUCCUCUUGGCUCCAGUGGGGGGACAGGAGAAAUAUGUUCAUAUCGCCAUGUUAUCCACACAGCUAAGUAGUAAAGGGAACUCUCUGCAGAUGAUGACCUCUGGGGAAUGGGAUGUGACACGGAUUGUGGCAUAUAAUGCAGACAACAGAACAAUUUAUUUCCUGAGCACUGAAGACAAGUCCAAGACAAGACACCUGUACAGUGUGGAGACAUUAGGAUCGCUUAACCGCACCUGUGUGACCUGUGACCUAUUUCCAGACUGCCAAUUUGUGGAUGUUAAAUUCAGCCCUGGAGGCAGCUUCUUCAUCCUUUUCUGCAAAGGUCCUGGUGUUCCUCAGGUUUCAGUGCAUCAAACCCAGAACCCUAAAGAUUUCCUUGUUCUAGAGGACAACCAGGCUCUGAAAGCCACUCUCUGCAUAAAGGACAUGCCGGAGAUACUGUACAGAACCAUUCAUACUGAUGGCUAUGAGCUCCAUGUUCGCCUGACUCUUCCAUCGGACUACGAGGAGUCACAGUACCCUUUACUGCUCUGGCUGCCGGAAGCUCCAGGCUCUCAGCAGGUCACAGAGGAGUUCUAUCUUGGAUGGAGCACUGUGCUUGUAAGCUCCUUCCAGAUAAUUGUGGCACAUUUUGACGGACGGGGAUCUAAAAAUCAAGGUCUGCAUUUGCUCCAUGAAACGGACCGAAAGCUGGGUUCUGUCGAGAUUAAAGAUCAUAUGCUUCUGUUACAACACUUGAAACAGUUGCCAUUUGUGGACCAAAAUCGCAUAGGAGUAUAUGGGAAGUUGCAGGAUAAGACACACCCUAUGGUGGUCAUUCCGAGUUGA